UCUAUCUAUCUAUCUAUCUAUCUAUCUAUCUAUCUAUCUAUCUAUCUGUCUGUUCUGACAUCUGAAUAAAAGUGAUGUUUGCGUUUGUUUCUUAAUAUUUGGGGGAUGUAUUCUGGCAUCCGGGAGCAGUCUUAUCAUCCAUGUGACAGAAUCUUUUAUUAAAAGUCGCAUUUGCUAAAUGCAUACGUGUCAAAAAUGGAAAUUAAAACAAUUACAAUCACUUUUAUUUUACUAUUCAUCCGUUUAUAGUCUCUUUGCUGCUUUGUUUAGUACACGUUUUUGUUAACGUUUCAAUAAAGUUCUGGAUUCAACAUAACAACAACAAAUCGGUGGUCGCGUUGACCAAUCACAGCCUUCCAUGAAAUGAAGCGUUGAAGCAAUCGUCAUCGCAACCGAUUGGCGCAUGCGCCUUCGGUCCACUUCCUGCUUUCUGACGGCUGCACAAAAACAGACACAUUUUCCGGCUCCUCUGUGUUUUCUUCUCUUCUUUUGGACGCUUUUUAGAUAAAUGUUUUAAAUCUUUUCCGCCCCCAUGCGCGCUCCCGUGUGCGCGGCGCUGCUGGUGUGGCUGCUGAGCGAUGCGGCGGCGCGAGACUUCACGGAGGAAGAGAUGGCCGCCGUCAGGCAGCGCAUCAAGUCCAUGUUCUACCACGCCUACAACAGCUACCUGGACCACGCCUUCCCCUACGACGAGCUGCGGCCCCUCACCUGUCAAAGGUCACAGCUCACAUGUGCUGCUCCUCCCAAGGUGCUGGGGAACCACACCGAGUUCCAGAGGGUGGCGUCCCUCCUGCAGGACGCCGUGGACUUCGACAUCGACGUCAACGCCUCCGUGUUCGAGACCAACAUCAGAGGUGGGAGCGGGCGGGGGGGCGGGCGGCGGGUGGCCGCCUUCCAGACCCCCUCCGGGAUGCCCUAUGGGACGGUGAACCUGCUGCGGGGGGUCAGCCCCUCGGAGACGCCGGUGACCUGCACCGCGGGCGUGGGGACCUUCAUCCUGGAGUUCUCCGCGCUGAGCCGCCUGACCGGGGACCCCGUGUUCGAGGACACCGCCCGCCGGGCGCUCAGCGCCCUCUGGCAGACCCGCUCAGACAUCGGCCUGGUGAGUCGCUCCGGGUCUGAGGAGAACCCAGAGAGACAAAGGGGGAUCCCUGAGGACCUCCACCAGAAAAGAGCCCCGAACUCCAGGGCUGGUGGUGUGUCCGAGGGGGGGACCUGCCCAGUUCAGCAGGAAGUCUGGACACAACCGGAACAGCAAGUUCUCCUCAUUCAGAUGCAGGUUCUCCUGGUUCAGGUUCUCCCGGUUCAGAACUGCAGGUUCUCCCGGUUCAGAAACAGGUUCUUCUGGUCUCGGAUGCAGGUUCUCAUGGUUCAGAUACCGGUUCUCCUCGUUCAGAUGCAGGUUCUCUUGGUACAGAUGCAGGUUCUCCUGGUUAAGAUGCAGGUGGGGAACCACAUUGACGUCCUGUCCAGGAAGUGGGUGGCGCAGGACGCGGGGAUCGGCGCCGGCGUGGACUCCUACUUCGAGUACCUGGUGAAGGGCGCCAUCCUGCUGCAGGACCAGGAGCUGCUCAGCAUGUUCAGGGCCUACGACCGAGCCAUUCAGAACUACACCCGCUUCGACGACUGGUACCUGUGGGUCCAGAUGCACAAGGGAACCGUGUCCAUGCCGGUGUUCCAGAGCCUGGAGGCCUUCUGGCCCGGUCUGCAGUCGCUGCUGGGGGACCUGGACCGGGCGGUCAGAACCUUCCAGAACUACUACUCAGUGUGGAGGCAGUUUGGGGGCCUGCCGGAGUUCUACAGCAUCCCCCAGGGGUACACGGUGGAUAAGAGGGAGGGGUACCCCCUCAGACCAGGUGGGUUCUGGGGUCAUGUGACCCCCUCAGACCAGGUG